AUGAAAGAUUCUCGCAGAACAUUUACUCAAGUCGGAGUCUUUAGGUCAAGAAAUGUUACGUUCUCAGUUAUUCUCAGUUUCCAAAUAUUUCAGUCAUCCGAAGGAAAUCUCUUCCAAAUUGCGCUUAUCUACAGUGAAAGUGGUACUUUUGCGCACGUUGUCUACAGUAAACUCAUCUCAAAUAACGAUGCUAUUGCCGGUUUCAGUGGUCAGGACGAUCAUUAUUCGUUGCCUGAAUCAGGAACGCAUGAUGCCAUUCAGUUAGCCGAGAAGAGUGAUAUUGGUAUUCCGGGAGAGUUCGUUUUCCGGAUUGAUGCUGAUCGUGUGUUUUUGUGUGGCGCUGGCUUUAAGGUUCGAGAAAACGAACAUUCAUUUCAUCGCUUUCCACUUUUUAAAUCAACACAUCGUCUUGGUGUUUUACUUGAAGUUCUUCAUUUUCAAAUUAUUCUCAUUGUUAGCAUCUGA